AUGAAUCAUUUUCCUGAGUAUGGGGCAUAUGGAUCUUUAUAUCUUGGCUACCAUUACGGAAAAGGUAUGGUUAUAAUUCAUUAUUUAGAUUCUGUUCGCGUUUUUGAAUUAGAAACUUUAAAAGAAAUUGCAAAACAGCAAUUUAAAAUGCCAAUUACUCGAGUAUUAUUACCAAAACGAAGUAAAAAGAUCGAAUUACAAUUCGCUGUUAUUACAGAAGAUCAAUAUUCUCAUCUUUUAUCUCUUCAGAAAAGUGGGUUAGUUGUAACAUCAUCAGCUGAGUUAAACGAUACUGCACUUCAAGUUUAUUGCCUGUUAUACGAUAAAUUUUGCCAUGCUCAUGUAUUAUCAGAAAAAGGUGUGAUAAAAUCUUUGUCAAAGCCGUCUCAACCUAAAAUUGAUUUAUCAUGGCCGCCUAAAACAAUGCAAAAUAUUAAAAGAUUCUGUCCCUGCCAAAAAUUUGAUGGUCAGAAAGUUAUUGCACCUAAUUCAGCAGCAUUCUUAGCAUAUCACUACAUGAAUGAUGAUGCAUUGAUAUCAUCAUGGAUAUACAACUUCGAAACUAAAGAAAUUUUAAAUGGUCCUUUUUCAAUUACAACAGCUCAGACUUCCAUUUACUUGAACAGCAGAUAUUUCAUGUCUGGACCUGAUAUUUAUUCGGUGAAUCCCUAUAAAACAAUAGGAGGAAUGGCAGGAAUCGUUCUUUCAUCAAAUUCAGAUACAGAAAGUGUAACUAUCUCAAACAAUAAAGGCCAGAUCUACCAAAUAUCGCAGAAUGGACUUAAACAGAUUGGUUCCAUCAUUGAGCCAAUAGUCAGGCUUGAAGCUACAGAUGAAGAUUUUUGUUAUUUAACUUUCGACGGUAAACUCAUAACAAACUCUACGAAAGCGACUCUUAACUUAUAUCCUAGUUUUGACAUAGCAUAUUACUCUAGUUUAUUUGCAAUUCCGGGACAUCCGAAUACAAUCUUCCGUCCUUUAAAGAAAAAGGCAGGACCCCUUCCUAUAUCAUUUAUUUUUGGUGAUGAUGAGAUUACAAAUAAACAUGGUGCGAAAUGGACUGCUCCUGCAAAAAUUUCUUCUUAUGAUUAUCAUCAGAUUGCAGGAUAUGACUAUUUCAUAGCGUCAACAGCAUUGACUGUAACAAUAAUGAAAGCCCAGCCAAACGAUGAAGCUUUUGAACUUGUUUUUGAUACAAAUUGGGAAAAACCUGUUACAAGCGUUGGAAUAAACCAAAAGAGUUACGUUGUUGCAGACUUAUCAGGUGUUAUUACUCUCAAAUCCCUUGAUAAAAACGAUCAAACUGCAAUUACCAUUCAAACUUCUUUAUGUAUGUCCAUUUCCAUGUCAGAUUUUAACAUUGCAUGUGGUCUAGCUGAUGGAACAUUCCAAAUGAUCUCUUUAAAGAACAAUGAAGUUACAUAUAAAAUCAGACCAUUCAGACAUUCUCUCAAAAAAGUUUUUUUGACAAAUGAUGGCAGUGUUGCAUUAGUAUGGAGUGAUACUACAAUAGCUGAAGUUGUAAACUAUAAGCUUCAAUUUGUAGCCCUACCAACGCUUCCAUCAGGAAAUCAAAUAACAUAUGAAAACGGACUUGUUGCUAUUUCAUCAAUGUCAGGUGUAGAAAUUUAUGAUGUUGCUGAUGGCAACAUUCUAGCUCAAAUUCCGAUUCAAUGUGUUUCGAUUUCUGCCUGUAAAAGAAGAAUUGCUGCUCUCUCAACUAAAAAUGAGCUUAUUAUACUCCAUUAUCACCAUUCGAUUGCUGUCCAAACUCAAGUUCUCCUUAGAUUAACUGAUCCUUUAUCGGUUCAUAUCACAUCCAACGCUGUUUAUAUAGUUUGCAGAAGACAGCUACAUGUUUUUGACUUUGAAGGUAAGCCUGUCAAUACUUACGACUUUUUAUCGUAUCCACGUUGUGCAUCUGCAUCAGAAAACUGCCUUUUUAUCGCAUUUGGCCGUUUCUUGUGGAUCGUAAACAAAGAUGAAAAACCAAAGAAAUUUCCUCACGAUAAAACUAAUUUGAAGAUGAUAACUGCAAUUAACGAUAAUUCAUUUGCACUUGCAACUACAUCUCGUGUUAUUGUAGCAUAUCCUUCUGAGAGUAAGUAUACUCAAAUUGCAAAAAUUGAAAGAAAAAUUGUCUCAAUUAAAGCAAUUAAAACAAAGGAGGAUGGCCCUGUUGACAAGAUUGCAGGAUAUUUUGCGGAUGAAACUAUGGAAUACUGGGAAAUUCCUCAGUCAAAAUGA